CAACACUUGGCUGGUUUAAAGAAAGUUAGAGCUGGAUGGGAGACCACCAGGUGAUCUUAAGGCUAUAAAGUUGGGUAAACCUUCCAGAAGAAGCUCAAGAGAUGGAGAAGAAGCCAAAAAAUAAGAAGGGAAAGACAGUAAGAUGGGCAAAAGAGGAUUUCCUCAGUUCGGGCCCAGGGAUCUUCUAUAACGACAUUUCCAAAAUGGCUAAGGCCUUUGGUGAGCAUCUCUCCCCCAUAAACAUCACAUUGAUGACAUUGAAAAUCACUGAGGCUCUCACACAUGAGGAGAAGACCAUUUGCCAGGCUGCGGGAGUACUACUCCUUUCCUUCCUGGAGGAAUGUUGUAUGGACAUGGAGGAAGUACCCACGAUCCUCAGGGAAAUUUACCAUCGUCUCCCCAACAUCAGUGAACCGGCCACAAAACAAAACACCCUGAAGUCCGUGUGUCACCUGGCCUCUAAAUGGGUGAAAGAAGUGUUGGACUUUCUCCUGGAACGCUCCCCGGAUUGCGAUCAAAGUGCAAGAGAGAUAUGGAGGGCACUGGUUGCAGACCCCUAUGCUAAUAGGAAGAUGAUGAGACCCCUCCUGAAAAGGACGAAGACCCCAUUUCGGAAACCAACGGCAGGCGAAACAGCCAAUCGACCAUGUCAAUUGCGGACCUUGUUCACGUUCUCUACAGCACAACUCAAACUGAUGUUUAGACAGACCAACACAUACCUAUGUCAUUCUGAUAUAAAGGUGAAGACCAUCGGGAUGGCUUUCUUCUCAGAGAUGAACAAUUUGCAUGCUGGCCGUCUGGGCAGUUCAGAUCUGGGAAGCCAG